AUGGUGUCUCUCAUUUGCACCUUACAAGACCACCGGGACGAUGUAAACUGGUGCGCGUUCUCCGGCACCUUGCUGGCUACGUGUUCGGCAGAUAAGACCAUUCGUGUGUAUUCCACCCGAGACUUUUCCGAGCUGCCUUUCUCCCCGCUCUCUGGUCAUGGCUACGGGGUCCACUGUUGCUGUUUCAGCGCUUGUGGUCAGUACCUUGCCUCGUGUUCCACAGACGCUACAACGGUUGUGUGGAGCAUGGACACCGGGGAGAUAGACGCCGUGUUGGAGCACCCAGGUAGAAGCCCCGUCAGAGUGUGCGCUUUCUCCCCGGGUUCCUCUCAUUUGGUGUCUGGUGCGUCGGACGGUACUUUAGCUCUGUGGGAUUUCCCCACAAAGACGUUACGCAGGACCGGGGCAGUACCUGACACUACCCUGGUGGCCUGCUCCUUUACUCCGUGUGGCCAGUAUUUCGUCACAGGGUCGACAUACGGAGACCUUCGGCUCUGGGACCUGAACGUGAACCAGCUCCAUGCAGAGAAAAAUGCCCAUGACCUCGGGGUCACCUGCUGCCAGUUUGCUUCUCAGAUCAUGAAAGAUGUAGAUGGGCGUGUGGUUCAGUUCCGUCUGGCCUCCUGUGGACAGGACAGCCUGUUAAAGGUUUGGACGGUUUCACGGCGGGCUUUGGCAGGCUGGAAGAUGCUUUUGGUCCACACGCUCUCUGGUCAGUCAGCGCCCGUUCUCUCCUGUGCCUUCUCUGCCGACGGACAGAUGCUUGUCUCUGGCUCUGUGGAUAAAACCGUUACGGUGUACGGAGCUAACGAUGGCAUCCUUCUCUACACUCUGAACCAGCACGAGAGGUACGUGACAGCAUGUGCCUUCUCCCCGACUGCUCCCAUCAUAGCGACCGGCUCCAUGGACAAAUCAGUCAACAUAUGGAGGGUGGAGGACGGCAGCAAUAGUGCCCAGGGCAAAUCUCUCCCUGAUGAAGCCGCGUCCGCCUCCUCUUACGAGAAAGCCAGGUUGCCGGGCCAUUCCAGACUGAUGGUGUGCGAGUGGUCAGAGGAUGACGUGUCUUCUUGGUUACGGGAGGAGGGACUUGACACGCUGGUGGACGCGUUUAAGGCCAACAACAUCGACGGCACUGAACUCCUGUCUCUGAGCAAGGAGUCGCUCAUCUCAGAGAUGCACAUCGAGUCAGUGGGUUUGCGGAGUAAAGUCCUGAGGAAGAUCGAGGAGCUGAAAUCGGCUUCGGUGUCCACGGGAGUCCCGGAAGAAUACCUCUGUCCAAUCACGCAGGAUAUCAUGAAAGACCCCGUCAUUGCUGCAGAUGGCUACUCGUACGAGCGGGAGGCCAUCGAGAGCUGGAUCAACACGAAGAGUCGUUCCAGUCCCAUGACCAACCUGCCCCUGCAGACCACUCUGCUUACCCCCAACCGUACUCUCAAAAUGGCCAUCUGCCGAUGGACCAACUGCCACUGA